AUGGAUCGAGCUUGGGGUUCAAAGCCUGGUAGCGGAGGUGCAGCCUCCCGCCAGAACGAGGCCAUAGAUCGCCGUGAGCGUCUCCGUCGUCUUGCUCUUGAAACCAUAAACCUUGCGAAUGAUCCUUAUUUCCUUAAAAACCACCUUGGAACCUACGAGUGUAUACUAUGUGCAACGUUGCAUAACAACGAAGGAAACUACUUAGCACAUACUCAAGGGAAGAGGCAUCAGAUUAGCUUGGCAAAGAGAGCUGCCCGGGAGGCUAAGGAUGCUCCAGCUAAGCCGCAACCGCUACCACAUAAGAGCAAAGUCUCAGUUCGCAAAACAGUUAAAAUCGGUAAACCAGGGUAUCGUGUUACAAAGCAGUACGAUACUGAGCUGAAGCAAAGAUGUAUUCUGUUCCAGAUUGAAUAUCCUGAGAUAGACGGCAACAUAAAGCCAAGACAUCGUUGCAUGUCAUCUUAUGAGCAGAAAGUUCAACCUUACGACAAGAGAUAUCAAUACCUUUUGUUUGCAGCUGAGCCAUAUGAAACCAUAUCUUUCAAGGUUCCUAGCACUGAGAUUGAUAAAUCAUCCCCUAAUUUUUUUUGUCACUGGGAUCAAGACUCCAAGAUGUUUACUUUGCAGGUGUGUUUUAAGCCCAACAAGCCUCAAUUCACUAUUGGAGCAAACGGACUUCCACCAUCGCCCCCACCACCUCCAAUGGCUAAUGGGCUUUGGUUUAUCCCGCCGCCUCCACCACCAGCUAACAUGUGA